GUUGUUUUACGCAGUGGGGUUUCCGCUUACAUUCUCGCUCGUCGUUAAUGUGUGAUUCCCUCCUACACACGGUCGUGCUUACGCUGAAAUACUCCUGUAUUACUACUGAUUGUAUCGUGUUUGUGCCCUGAUACCUCGCCUGGGCUUCCUUAGUUAUACGCCGCUUCCUUAUGUCGGACACGUCGAAGAUAUCGGAAGGUGACGAAGAGGGACAGCUGUGCGCGCGGUGUGCUUCCGAUCUUGCAUCGACUGACAACCAUCGCCUUUAUCAGCCAGACCAAGAUACCAAUCCCUGCACGAAAUGCUGUGAGGAAGACAAAAGUAGUGACUCAGGCGAGGAAAUUAUCCUUUGUCCUUGUACAAUGGAGACGAAAAAGCAACAGUGCUUCAAAACCUGGAAAUCUCUCUCACAAGAAAUGCCUCACGGUUACAACGGCAGAAGGCAUUCUGCCACGGGAAUAGAGCAUCUGCCCGAGGAUUUUAUCAUUCCUGGAGCAGAAAACCCGGCGAAUAGAGAAGCCAUCCACAAGUUUUUGUCACUUUGCUUGAGGCAGUUCGGGAGCUUUUCAAGUGAGGAUGCGAGAGGUAUGGCUACGAAUGUUGCUGAAGAUCGUUAUGUCCAUAGAAGUCGAAGCCCGCGUCGGCAAGGAUCUAAACCCAGGGAGUCAUCCCGAAAUCGUUACCAGUCUCCCGGUGGGAAACACGUCAUCCUUGUCCCAACUACCACAGGGAGCCUUGAGCCACAGGCGCGAAUUUGCAGAUACUGUAACCGUGAAAUGAAGCCAGGGGUUAGGGGGUUACAGCAUCAUCUUGAAGUGUGCUCGCGUUAUCCCAUUCAGUGCCCGAACAUGUGCGGAAAAAUGGACAUUCCCCGAGAACAAAUGACCAAUCACAUCAUUGAGGAUUGUCCAAAGGCGACGGAAAGCUGCACGUUCAAACAUGUGGGAUGUUCAUUCCAGGGCUCCAAGAACAACCUAGCAGACCACCUUGCUAAGAGUCUCGAGGACCAUCUCCAACUUGCCUGCCAACUUGUACAGGACCAGAAACUUGAACUGGAUAGACAACGCGAGCGAGUCCGGAAGCAGGACGAGGCGAUUUACCAACUCACAGAGACAACCGCCAAACUCAAGCAACUCCUCGAAGAGCAACUAACCACGAGGCAGUCCCAAGACCACGUGAUCCAGAAACUCAGCGAACAACUCAAGGAACAAAAAAAGCAUCAGAGCAAAUUUGAGAAGGAGAUCAAAGCUAAGCUUUCAGACUUGGAGAAGAAGGAGAGUUCAAAAGAAUGCAGUUUGUUUAGCAACCCCGUGGGGAGUGGAUAUGGGGAAUUGAUUUGGAGGGUGUCGAAUUUUAAUAAGAAGGUUGCGAGGAUAAGGACGGGUCGAGGUGAUGACCCCGUGUGUAGCGAGCCGUUUUACACGUCAGCGUUCGGAUACAAGAUUUCUUGCUGGGCGUACCUCAACGGUCGAGGCCGGGAAGAAGGACGGAGUGUUUCGGUCUACGCGUGCGUAAUGUAUGGGGAAUAUGACGCUGUGCUCAAAUGGCCUAUCAGACCGCGGUAUACAUUCGCGUUGAUGGACCAGAACCCGGAUGUAGAGGAUCGGAGGGAAAUCGUGCGCGUACGGAAAGUGAACGAUUUCAAACGAGACGACGUGCGCCGAAAGGGUAUCGAUCGGCCGAAGCGUGACGAGAGGGCUAUCAUAGUCGGUUUUGAUGAUUUUGUCGGACAUGACGAGCUGGAGACUGGGACCUACUUGGCUGACGACAGCUUCUUUAUCAGAGUUCUAGUCGAUAUCACAGAAAACUAGACAAACGCGUCGCUUUUUCACCUUCUGUCGAGUAAUGAGUGAGUGGUAUUAGAACAGAAAAGAAAAGGUAUGAGAACAAAUGAUCGUAUGGAAUGUUGUCUGGUGUUGGUACAUAGUACGCUGGCCACUUAUUGUAUCACACAGAGAAAAAUAAAAACAAAUGAUCUUACGAA